GUCCAAACCCAAUGGCUAGGCACCCGCACCACGACGCUACGCGUCUCGUGAGGUGAAUGCGAGGCGAUAAAACCACCGCGUCCGCACCUCUUCCCACCUGCCCGUCCGUACGCGACGAUGCGUCCCACCAUCCACCCCUCGUAGCCUCCACGCAUCCGCGGCCUGCCCCGUUCCCCUUCCGUUACCUCGCCUCUCGAUUCAGCUCGCAUCGCCGCCGCCUUCGCUGACCUGCGCGCUCGCGAGCCGAUUCGAGCCCACCACUGGCCAAUGGAGCAGAAAUUUCGAGAGAAUUUUGGAGCCAGUGGGGCGUGAACAGAAGCUGGUGCUGCGCUGCUCUGCUUUUUGUCGCGCACUGUUUCGCGUCAAUUCUCGCGCGAAAAGGGAUGGGGACGGGGGAGGGGCGGGAAAACGGCGGGAGGCAGCGGCGGUCGCUGGACGGGGACGACGACGACGAUGAGGAGUAUGUGGUGGAGGAAGAGGAUUACGCGGAGUUCUCCGCCUCGAGCGCCGGCGAGGAGGGGGAGGAUUCAGACGCGGAAUACGAAGAGGACGAAGACGAGGACGAGGAGGUCGAGUACGCAGUCGAGACGCCGCGGCCGAAGCGACCAGUAAAGGGCGGAGACCGAGGGCGGAAGGGGAAGGCGUAUCCCGCCGCGGCGCAGGAGUCAGACGCGGAAUACGAAGAGGACGAAGACGAGGAGGAGGAGGUCGAGUACGCCGUCGAGACGCCGCGGCCGAAGCGACCAGUAAAGGGCGGAGACCGCGGGCGGAAGGGGAAGACGGAUCCCGCCGCGGCGCGGGACUCAGACGCGGAAUACGAAGAGGACGAACAUGAGGAGGAGGAGGUCGAGUACGCCGUCGAGACGCCGCGGCCGAAGCGACCAGUAAAGGGCGGAGACCGCGGGCGGAAGGGGAAGACGGAUCCCGCCGCGGCGCGGGAUUCAGACGCGGAAUACGAAGAGGACGAAGAUGAGGAGGAGGAGGUCGAGUACGCCGUCGAGACGCCGCGGCCGAAGCGACCAGUAAAGGGCGGAGACCGCGGGCGGAAGGGGAAGACGGAUCCCGACGCGGCGCGAUCUCGGCGCCGGAGGUAUGAGGAGGACGAUGACUAUGAGGAGGAGCUCGACGAAGACGAGGACGUUGAGGAGGACCACGAUGAGCUCGAGGAGGUGGAGGCGGCGUCGCGGCGGCCGAAGAGCCUGGAGAAAUACUGUUGCCGUGGCCAAAAUAUGGAGCUGUCUCCGGUGGUUGAGCGAUCUCUUCCGCGGAGGCACGAGGGGGACGAUUUGGACUUCGAUCCUGACUUGGAUGACGAGGAUGAGAUGGAUGAGGACAUUGAUUUCGACCCCGAAGUAGAUGAUGAGGGUGAGUUCGAGGACGAGGAAGAGGAAGAGGAGAAACUGGGUGCUACCCGCGCCAGAAAGGUUACUGUCAAGAAUCCGGUGAAGCGAAAGUCUGUCUCGAAGAGGCGAUCGCAGAAUAAGAAGAAGAGUAGUGGAUCUAAAGUUUCCAGGAGGAAGGUGGGUUCAGCUAAAGCGAGGAAGCCAGCGCCUGUUAGGCGGCGGAGAAAGCGUUCGGUGAUUGAUCACUAUGAGGAAGAUGAUGACUUCAUUGUGGAGGAUCAGAUCAUGGAGAACCGUCACCCAAGGAAGAAAGCUAGAACCAUGACUGGGAGGAAGACAGAGAUGGGUCCUCCAGUAUCAGUUAUCGAGGAAGAGACAUGGCCAACUGUUGAUUCAGACACAUCAGACUUUGAGUUUGUGACAUCAGACGAGGAACCUGACAAUGUUGAGAUGCCUGUUGUUGAAACUACUAACGUCAGGAAGGGGAGGAAGAAGAGGAUAUCUGGGUCUGAGUCAUCCUCAGAUUCCGAAUUCAUUGUAUCAGAUAAGGAAUUGGAGAGUUUGAAGGAGACUGAGCCCCCACCAAAGGUUCUGCCACUGCUGCCUGCACAGAUGAGGAGGAUUUCUGUUACAAGGAAUGGAGAAGACAAGGGAAAGAAGAAAGAGGAACCGGAAGAAGUUGGGAAGCCAAUAUGCGGUAUCUGCCUCUCGGAGGAGCAGAGAGCGACUGUGCAAGGUGUCCUCAAUUGUUGCUCACACUACUUUUGCUUCGCAUGCAUCAUGGAAUGGUCUAGGGUAGAGUCAAGGUGCCCAUUAUGUAAGCAGCGGUUCACAACGAUCACCAAAUCAUCAAAGAUAGAUCUUGGUCUGGGACAGAGAAAAGCUGUAAUUAGAAUUGAAGAGCGUGACCAGGUUUAUCAGCCCUCUGAAGAAGAAAUAAGGCGCUGGUUAGACCCAUAUGAGAAUGUUGUGUGCAUAGAAUGCAAUCAAGGUGGUGAUGAUAGUCUCAUGUUACUAUGUGAUAUUUGCGAUUCCUCAGCACAUACUUAUUGUGUUGGCCUGGGAAGAGAGGUGCCUGAAGGAAAUUGGUACUGUGGAGGAUGUAGACUUAGUGAUGAGGGCCCAUCCUAUACCAGAAUACAACAUACAGUAGGUUAUGGAAGACAAAAUUACAGAAGUCAUGUUGAUGGUGGUUCCAUAGGUUUUGGCACUGCUGCACCAAAUGGCACAUUUGAAAGACCGCCAUCAAUCAACUCUCGCCGUACUUUUCAGGGGAUCGAUCUAAAUCUAUCCCCAAGAGAGGCUCCUGGGGAAAUUCAUCCUGUCGAAUCACAAGGUUCAACCGAUAGCGUAUCAACUCCUUCUGGAAGGCGUGCAACUGUUUCUGGAAGGCGUCAAAUACAUCGCUAUAUACGCAUUUUGCUAUCUACACCUAGGCCAACUAGAACAGAGGUGCACAAUAAUAACAUAGAGCGCAGUGGUGCUGUACCAAGAAUUGGAUCAAGCCGCCAUAACUUCCGUUCUUCAUCAGAAGCAAACACUUCACAGAUUCUACCUGAUGGCAUCCAGAACCAGCACAAUGACCUUCCAUUGGUUCAAGCUCACAACAGCAAUUUUGCUCCAUGCAUGUCCAUAGAUGGAAACGAUUUCCAACAAAUAGAAGGUGCCAGGAGUAACCUCAAGCACAUGUGUAGCAGAAGUCCUCGUUAGAAGGCCAUUCUACUCCAUGAACAUGUGCCAUUUUAAUGGUGUGUGGGAUUGAGCAUAACAACAGUGUGCCUGUUGCGGCAACUUAAUAUCCUCCAAGAAAUUACAAUCAUACUCUGGUUUGUGGCACCCAGCAUUUCUCAUUGAAAAUAGCUGGUCGAUGUGCUUCAGCUUGUUUGUCAGAGAUGUGGUCAAUGACAUAACAUACAUGCUAUCCCGAAGUCCUUUGUUUUAGUUUAGGCAUUUUUUGUUGUUAUUGUCAUCAUCAUUCAUUCAGUCAUUAAACACAACCUCAAAUAUCACACAGCGGCAAAGACGUUUGAAUGUCUGGAUAGCUUCAUAUUUAUACACUGUAACAUUGUGGGACACCAUUUUCAUUAGGCUGAUCAUUCUUUCUCUGACGAAA